UGCCAUCCCUCGCCAUUUUCUGUCAAGCUCAAUCAAGUCAGCUUCGGUUCUGUUAGUCGCUGUGUUUGUGUAUAGUGGAAUGAAAAAUUAUUUGUAUCGAUGAAUAUCAAUGGGCAAUUGUGUUGAUUACGAAGCCAAAAUAUGGCUCGUUUAUUGUGUUUGUGGCUCUAAUGCACCCUUCGAUCAGUGAUGAUGGCCGAGUGAUUGAUAAAGUGAAGUGUUUUGUGUCGUAUGCUGAUCUGCGGCUGCAACAUUGAGCUCCUUUCUCUGGAUAUAUCGUCCGUAAGACGACAUCGAAUCACAGAAUCGGGAAAAACGUUUCAUCAUGUCGUCAAAAAACAUCCCCGGAGACAAGAUAAAUCUAAGAUUAAUCCUCGUGUCGGGGAAGACGAAGGAGUUCGUGUUCAGUCCAGUGGAUUCGGCCGGCGACAUAGCGCUACACGUUUACGACAAUUGGCCUGAAGCGGACUGGUCGUCAGAGUGCGUGUCGCGCGCGGAGAUCCUUCGGCUGAUAUACCAGGGCCGCUUCCUGCACAGCUCGGUGACGCUCGGCGCGCUCGGGCUGCCGCUCGGCCGCACCACCGUCAUGCACCUCGUGCCGCGCGAGCACCUGCCCGAGCCGAACUCGCACGAUCAACGACAGAAAAGUAAAGGUGGCUCGAGCAGUUGCUGUUCAGCUUCCUGCUGCAUAUUGUAAUGCGAGCGGAGACGGGGCCUCAUUGUGUUCACAGUCAGUGAUUUCGGGCGGACUACGGACUCUUGUGAUGUUUUUAAAAGACUCGCUUAUUUGUAAGAGAUUAUCCACUUAGAUAAUUUCGUUUAGUUUAUUCUCUAAUUAAUUCGCUAGCACUCGGAGACGGUUCGAUCGAGCACAAAAUUCGUACGAGGUUCACGCACACGUGGGAAGCUAUUAAAAAUAUCGCAAGCGACUACUGUUUGGUUUCACCUUGCGACUGUUCAAUGCCAAUCGAUUUGCCCGGAGUUUUUGGAACAAAUUUGCGUUUUUUUAGACGUUAUUAGAUUUUAAGGCAUUACAAACGCGGUUAGUGUAAAAUUUUGCGGGUAUAUAAUUGAUGGAAUGGACAGUUGACAAUCGUGAAAAGAAACUAAACGUCAUUGUCAUUCGACAGCUUGAGCGAGACUCACGCGUUAGCUCAUCAUAGGUAUAAUGCUGCCGUGUUUAGAAGGUAGUCGAUAAGUUACAAAAAAAUUGAAUGUAUAAACGGAACGCGAUUGUUUGUAUAGUUCCUCUAGAUCGGCUUGUAUGUUCGUUCGUAUAAAUUCUUAAGCCAUCGAUAUGAAUUUAACGCAGAUAAUAUGUAUUUAUA